AACUGACCUCGAAAACUCUCUAAAACUCUUGAAAUAGCUUGGAAUCACUUGCUUUCUUUUUCUACUUUUCUCUCACGUUUUUAACUUGGUUUGGACAGGUCUGAAUGUGAGGAAAUGAGCUGGGUUCGUGGGGUAUUUAUAGGAGGCAGAAACCAAUCAGCUUUAGGUUGGUGGGCACCCGUGUGUCGCUCCGCAUGGCUCCGGAUGCAUGCACGGCGACACCUCGUGCUCCACAUGUCCUUCAGCAUGGCCAGGACUCAUGCAGGACGCCACAAAUCCUCCCAGAUGUCAGGCUGCAUGACUGUAACUCAUGCAAGGCGCCACAGUAGCUCAGACAUGGCUGGACGUAUGCUUCAGUUGCAUGCGCGGAGACACCUCGUGCUUGGUCGAUCCACCUCGUGCUUCUACAAGUCAGGCUGCAUGUACUGCUUCCAUGCACGACGACAACUUGAGCUUCUGUAGACACUCAGCUUGCUGGACAGUUAACACCACGUUCUGAACACUCACACCAAGCCACCUCGUGCUUCUCGGUCCAUUCGUCUGAUUUCGGUCCUUCCGGUAAAUUUCUGACCCGCGAUAAAUCCCGAAUAUUUUUCUACUCCCAUUCUGAUGUUCUGAAUAACUUUCAAUAAACUCCAGACUCCAUUAUAACCUUGACGGUAAUAUUUCCCGAGCCUCCGGCUUCUCCGAAAAAUAUUACAGAAUACCGAAAUUAGGGUUACGUCCAAUUUCGGGUUUUCCCGUUGUGCUUGAUUCCCAUCAUGCUUGAUUCCCGUCCUUCUUAAUUCCCGUCCUGCUUCCAAUGUCUUCGAAAUAAUAUUCUGCAGACACGAAGUUCCGCAGAAAACUUCGUACUGGAGAAACGUCGUUCUUCUAAAACGUUGAGCUUCUAAACCGUCUUGCUUCCAAAACAUUUAUACUUCCAAAACGUCUGUCUCAUCAAUCUAGGACAUCUUCUAACUAUGGUCGAGCAACUUAUUCGACUCAUAGUUCACUCACGAUCACUUCUUCGACCACCUCGUUCUUCGAAAUUUCUCGAUCGAUCAAUCUUCUGUCUCGACCAUUCUUAUGCCGAAGGGCAGCUUAUCAGAAUUAGUCUCUUCGACUCUCAUGCUGUUAAGAUCCACAAUCAACUAGAAACGAUGCGAGGUGAUCCAAGGGUUGUGGUUGCAACCAGUGUCGACCCCAAGAUGGUGGGAUGUAAGAAACCUAACUGAAGCUACAUGGCCAGCUGUAUAAUGUUUGCUAAAACAUUUAAUCCCUAUUCAUCCUACAGGUCGUCUGUUUUUGAAUGCCACUUCCGGCACACACAUAUACUUUGACAAGGAAACAACUGCAGGGAGUGUUUUUCUAUAGGUUGGUCGCACAAGACACUAGGCUUACACCAGCCGCUCUACUGCUAAUGGGAUAUGCUAAGGUGGAAUCCCUGAGCAUAGCCGAGCUCAAUGAUUUUGUCAUUACUGCUCCCUCGCAGGAAAUUGAUUUUAUCUGUACCGGAAGAGUGACUGAGGUAAAGAUGAAGAAGGGAUGGUGCUAUAUUUCUUUCUCAAACUGUGCCAAGAAACUUCAGCGCACUGUCUCAUCUUUCACAUGUCUGCCUUGCAACAAAACUAAUGCAGUUGGUGUCCUUCGAUACCGUGUGGAGGAGAUGUCUGUUGCAGAUGAAACCAGUGAAGCUCUGUUUGUCUGUUUCGAUGGGGUAAUGACGAAACUCCACAACAUGAAGGCCUAUGAGGCUGGCCAUCUUUUGGCUGGUGAUGGUGUCAACCCGGAGGAAACUCAGACCCCAUCGUUUGUGGCAGACAUGGUAGGUAAGACCUAACACAUUCCAGGUGAGGGCGAGUUCAUUCAAUUAAACAGCAAAUCAUCAGACCUUUACUGUCUCGCUCAUCGAGGAUGAGCAUGAAAGUGAGCCACACAGCCUGCAUUCAUUGAUAACGGCGGAAACGAUGACAAUGGAGAUGACAAACCCGGUGCCAUCUCAGUGCCUGCUAAGGUGGAAGCUGGUGGUGGAAGCUGGUGGUAGUAUCAAGGCGCAUGGAGCAUCGGACAAGGUGAAGAAAGCAAGCAAGACUUAGGUGAAGAUGAUUGGAGUUCAAGCCGCAGUUUUUCCCGUUUUCUAUAAUGCUUAAAACAUUUACUUGUUUUUUUUUUCCUUUUUUGGGGAUUGCUUUAUGAACAAGUUUGACUUUGACUAUUUGGUACUUUUAUAAUUUUGGUUUUUAAUAUCCAAUAUAAAAUAUAUCUCA